GUACUUGACAAGUCUCGCAACCAACCUGGAUCUCGCUUUGCCAUUGAAUUAUGGUUGCUAACAAGAUUGUCCCAAAAUUGUUCGUUUGUUUGUUUGUACAAGGAUUAUAUGAUUAGAGAGUGUUGGAAGUUUCAAAAAAUAUCUUUUCUGCUAGUAACGUUCGAUUCCUUUUCUUCAGAGAUGGUGGGCGAAAAGCUCUAUCUUUCCGCCGAUCUGUGAUCAAUAGAGGAUCAGAUUAAGACCUAAAUCAAUUACAGAGUCAGGUUUUCAGCCGUUUAGUUUGGUUUCCUGUUGAGCUGGCCCGAACUGGGGUCUUGAGUGCAUAUCACGCGCUAUGAUAUGUUAUCUAUUUAUCCGAGAGUCAAAAAAUGGGAAGCAGAUAGACGCUGAGACAGUCGGUUGUCCGUACAAGUAGGCUCGGGGUUCUUGGUCCAAACCAGUCCGGUAAUCUCUGUCUUUGAGACUAAAGUACUGAAAUCCACAAAGUAAAGUUUUUUCUUGGAUUUGCCUUACUUUCUGCUGCAACUUUCCCAUCUGUUUUCCUUGGUUUGAAGAAGAGUUUUGGCUAGGUAAAUCUGGAAUCAACACAUAUAAAAGGAACAUUUGAAGCAUGCUUCAGUUGUCCUGCUUAAAGUAUCACCUCCCAACAAGUUUAUAGUCUACUCUUGCUAUCUCUAAUAGAGGAAUGUCGAGUAUUCCAGGCUGAUUGGAGUUCAGAGCUCUCCUUUUAUUCAUUGAGGCAUAAUGCUCUAUGAAACAUUAAAUUAGAACAGCAUAUAAUCAUUUGAGAUGGAUACUAAGGAAGCAGAGAGAGUAGUUAUUGCUAAGCCAGUUGCCUCAAGACCGACUUGUUCCAGUUUUAGAUCUUUCUCAGAACUUCUUGCAGGCGCCAUUAAUGUCUCGCCCUCCAAUGUAUGUUCAACUGCAGUUACUGCUAUUCGACCAAAGACAGUGAGGUUCAAGCCAAUGGUGAAUCGUGCUCCACCUGGGGCAGUUUCUUCUCAGGCCGAAAUCUCUGGAGCAGCUCUUUGUAAUUCAGCUGAUGAGGUCCCGAAAUUUGACAGCAAAGCAACUGUGGUAUACAAACCAUUGGCGAAAUUUGUAUCAAAGACAACUGCUUCUCUCUUGGCAAAUAUGGGAAACUUCAAUACUAAUCAUCAACCAGCACAACCAACAGUCAAGACCUCUUCCCAACAUUCAAACCAAGAGAAACAUAAGUUCAGAUCCAAAAAAAGCUCAAAUCUUCACCAGAAAAUUCCCUCACGAGUUGAAGCAAAUAAGGCAGUCGGGCCCUCAAAGGUAGCAUCCCAGAAAAAGGAGGAGGAUCCAAAAGCUUUGCCGACUACAGCUAAUGGUGAUAGUCCUUCUCCUUCUUAUGAUGGAUAUAAUUGGAGAAAAUAUGGCCAAAAGCAAGUCAAAGGAAGUGAGUACCCAAGAAGUUAUUACAAGUGCACACAUCCAAAUUGCCCUGUGAAAAAGAAGGUUGAGAGAUCAUUGGAUGGUCAGAUUGCAGAGAUUGUUUACAAGGGUGAGCACAGCCAUUCAAAGCCUCAGCCUCUUAAGCGCAACUCAUCAGGGACAACACAAGGGCUAGGAAUUGUAUCUGAUGGGCUUGGUCAAGAUACCACCACCAGCAGAUACAAUGAAGGAAAUGAUGCUUCUGAAGGCAGAGUAGAAAAUCAGAAUGAAGUAGGAUUGGCUUCACGUUCUACUUAUCAGGGUAAUGCUGCACUAACUUGUGAUCCUGUCCCAACUGGUACAAUUGCUGCUGCUGGUGGUACUCCUGAUAAUUCCUGUGGCCUUAGUGGAGAAUGUGAAGAAGGAAACAAAACCAUGGAGCUGGUGGAUGAGGAACCCAAAAGCAAAAAAAGGAAAAGUGAGAGUCAAUCCAACGAAGCAGGUCCUUUAGGGAAAGGCACACAAGAGCCCCGCAUUGUGUUGCAAAACUCCACCGAUUCUGAAACUAUGACCGAUGGCUUUCGCUGGAGGAAAUAUGGACAGAAGGUUGUCAAGGGAAAUCCAUAUCCCAGAAGUUACUACAGAUGUACCAGUCUCAAAUGCAGUGUGCGCAAACAUGUGGAAAGAACAUCAGAAGAUCCAAGAGCUUUUAUCACAACAUAUGAGGGAAAACAUAACCACGAAAUGCCACUCAAGAACACAAAUCCAGUGGUUUCUGAAACAGAUAUCCUCGCCCGUAGAGGUAAAGAAAGGAGAUGAAUGACUGUGUGCACUGAAAACUUCACCAAAUCCAUUGUUUGACAUGGUAGUGUAGGUUUGAUAGAGGUCAAGAGCAUCAGAAGCCAGAUGACUUAUGUGAUCAGCAAUGGUGGAUCAUUUUUACUCUAAAUCUCACAGAUUGUUGAUCAAAGACUGUUUUUCUUUCUAUUCUUCUUUUGUGGGUAGCUCAGAUUAUUCUAUGGAAACACAUCUGUCUCUAUGAAGCCUUUUCACCUAGCUGCCUCGAAGCUUAUUGUAACACUAGCCGCACACUCGUGCGAUGCGUGAGAAAAAUGAUGUAUUCUAAUCCUAUUCUAUUUUAAAUUUUGUUUAUAAA